CUGCCUCCCUUGCUUGCUGUAUCCUUCUCCAUCCGCACUCAGAACACAUGGCUUUCGCUUCCUGGCUCUCUCGCUUCCGCUCUUCUUCCAAAGCUGCCUACACCAAUCUCCGCAGCUCCUUUUUCCUCAAUCUCAGGCCUCAAACCACACUAGCCACCGCGAAUCUCAUCGACUCCGGCGCUGCGAAACGGCCAUUUCUGUUAUGGUCAAGCUCUCUCCUUCCUCUGACCCUCGCUGUCUCUGCUGGAUCACUCGCCUUCCAUUUCCAACCUCAGCCUUCUCUUUGUGACGCCUCUAGUCUCGAUUCUCGCAUUGGAGGCAAAGAUAGCACCGAGUUUGUGGUAAAGGGUUCUCACAAGAAGGUCCCUCAAGAGCUUAUUGAUGAAUUAAGGGCUAUCUGUCAGGAUAGCAUGACAAUGGAUUAUGAUGAAAGGUAUUUCCAUGGGAAGCCACAGAACAGUUUUCAUAAAGCAGUAAACAUCCCUGAUGUGGUUGUUUUCCCGAGGUCAGAAGUGGAAGUUUCCAACAUUGUGAAAUCUUGUGACAAGUAUAAGGUCCCUAUAGUACCUUAUGGUGGAGCUACAUCAAUUGAGGGCCACACAUUAUCACCUCAUGGUGGUGUUUGCAUUGACAUGUCACUAAUGAAGAGUGUUAAAGCUCUGCACAUUGAGGACAUGGAUGUAGUUGUUGAGCCUGGAAUUGGGUGGAUGGAGCUUAAUGAAUAUUUGGAGCCUUAUGGUCUAUUCUUUCCCCUUGAUCCAGGGCCCGGUGCAACCAUUGGGGGAAUGUGUGCUACACGUUGCUCAGGCUCUUUAGCUGUGAGGUACGGAACUAUGCGAGACAAUGUCAUUAAUCUCAAGGUAGUUCUUGCCAAUGGAGAUGUUGUCAAGUCAGCUUCCCGUGCUCGUAAAAGUUCUGCAGGGUAUGAUUUGACUCGCUUGAUGAUUGGAAGUGAAGGAACACUUGGCAUAAUAACGGAGGUCACCUUACGACUUCAGAAAAUUCCACAACAUUCAGUGGUUGCAAUGUGUAAUUUUCCAACAAUUAAGGAUGCAGCAGAUGUUGCCAUUGCCACUAUGCUGUCUGGGAUACAGGUGUCCAGGGUAGAACUGUUGGAUGAGGUUCAAAUAAGGGCUAUUAAUAUUGCCAAUGGGAAGAAUUUACCUGAAGUUCCUACUUUGAUGUUUGAAUUCGUAGGCACGGAGGCAUAUGCACGUGAGCAAACACUAAUAGUUCAGGAGAUCAUUUCUAGGCACAAUGGCUCAGAUUUUGUUUUUGCAGAACAGCCUGAAGCUAAAAAGGAACUUUGGAAGAUAAGAAAAGAGGCUCUGUGGGCUUGCUUUGCAAUGGAACCAAAUUAUGAGGCAAUGAUUUCGGAUGUCUGUGUUCCUUUAUCACGCCUGGCAGAAUUGAUAUCUAAGUCUAAAAAAGAGCUGGAUGCAUCCCCACUGGUUUGCACAGUUAUUGCUCAUGCCGGUGAUGGGAACUUUCACACUGUGAUUCUUUUUGAUCCUAACCAAGAAAAGCAGAGGCAAGAAGCUGAAAGAUUGAACCAGUUUAUGGUCCAUGCUGCUCUGUCAAUGGAAGGAACAUGUACCGGUGAACAUGGUGUCGGCACAGGAAAAAUGAAGUAUCUCGAGAAGGAACUUGGAGUGGAGGCCUUGCAGACGAUGAAAAGAAUUAAAACAGCUUUAGAUCCAAACAAUAUCAUGAACCCAGGAAAGCUCAUUCCACCCCAUGUUUGCUUCUAAGAGCGUGUUUGGUGUACUUGGAGGGGAGGAUUCCUCAUUGGCAUGCGCUUUCUAUGCAAGUACUGUUGUAGGGGUACAAAGGUAUGUUCCCUUGCCAUUUAUACCAUUUAGAAUAGUUGGCCAGACUUGCAGAAUUUAUAUACAUGAGGUUGAAAUAGGCCAUAUACCGGUCAAUGUGUCGUCAAAUUGUACAAUUUUCUUUGUGUUGAGAGUUGAGACACCCAAACAAUAAAUUGGUUCUUGCUUGUGUAUGUUUUCUUUCACAUCGAAUAUGGAUGUGAUUUGUCCACCUAGAAAAUACUCAGACUGUAUAAUUUGGAAAUCCUACAUGUUUGCUGCUAAUAGAUGAAGAUGAAAUAAAUAAUAUGAAUUUCAUUGGAAAUUGUGUUGCUUAA